GUGGAGCAGUGCCCUGAUCAGGCGAUGCCACUGUCCAACUGUUUCCUUUUCAUCAUUACUUCUCUAAAGAAAUCACUUUAGAAACGUGCACUGGAUGCCUUAAGUUGAAAGAAUUCCUGAUGCCACUCCACAUAACAGAAUGAGCAGGAGAAAGAGAAGGAACAGUCGCAGAAGGAAGAGCUCCAGCAGCAGUAAACAAAGUAGCUCUCCAUAUAAUUAUGAAAAACAUACAAAGACUCUAGUGGACUCUGUGGUUCAUGGGGAGGAAACUGCUGAGAAGGGAGAGAUGGACUCUUCCUGUAAAGAGAACAUACUCUCAGAGUCUGAAGAUGAGAAAGAGACUGAGGCCCCAACCAGGGAGAAAAAAAACAGACAAAAAGAAAGCUAUGAAGAUUUUCCCCAGGACAAAAGGAAAAAAGCCAGUGUCUCAGAUCCAGUAAAAAGAGAUACAAGAUUAAAACUUACUCAUUCUGUGACCGUUGAUAAUUUUGGACUGUCUUCCCAAAGAGUUGUGUUAAAACAAUGCCAUGAGACUUCUGUAAGGGGAACCAUUAGUAGUGUGAUAGCAACCACAACUACUGACUUUAAGUGCAUGACGCCAAGCAUGAGACUUGAGAUCAGUGAAGUAGUGACGUCAGAUGAUUCGGAUAUCAAGACAACUGUCAUUCUUCAAAACGACAAAGGUGAAGGAGUACAGACUCAUAUUAGAAGUCAAACUGAGCAACAUCAAAGUCCCAAAAAUUCCCACCUCUACUCAUGGAACCAACAUGGAAUAGAUUACAAACAAAAUGUCACUGAGAAUUUUAGCUAUAAAAUUAGCAUUGCAAAUCUAGAUGCUGCCAAGAAUCAAAGCUCAUGGGACUGUCCUGAGGAUGCAGAUUGUCGCAAAAGCUGUUGUAAAAAUAACUUUUGGUGGGGAAACACAGAUGGCCAGACAGACACAGAUUUCACACUGGUUGAUGGAUCUUCCUGUUGUUCAUCACUUUCUGAUUUCUGGCAACCUCAGAAACAACUGUUACUCCCUUCCAGUCUCAGUAAUGAGGAAUUAUGGGAUAUUCCUCCCCCGGAUGAGUUUGCUGAUAGGAAGGGUAAUGCACUGGAUGAUCUUGCAGAAAAUGUUGCAUUGUGUCAGAUCACUCCCAUGAAAAACUUCAAUGGUCAUUACGAUUCCAAGUGCACUCUUAUGUCACCAGAGGGUACCUUGUGCCACAAAGACUUUACAUGCCAGAAUUCAUUAGAUGGGUACAACAGGAAAAAUGAUACCACUUGCUGUAAACAACUAUCCAACCAAAGUCCUCAAGAACACUUAUUCAUAAAUCCUAGAGUCCCAUUGAGCAGAUCUUCUUUCACUAAAAACUUCAUCCACAAUCAUGAAAGGAAGACACGCUUACGCAACAACAGCAUCACCAUCCUAGAAACCAAAACCCAUCCUUCAGGCUACAUGGAUACACCACCCAAAAGACGGAAGACUUUCCCUGGAGUGGCAUAUCAGAACCAGGGAGGAGACUGCAUUCCCUUGUACAGAGAGUCAUUUUCAUCUGGGACUCUUUCUUCUUUUUUCAUGCAGUCCCUUCCAUCUCAAGCAGAGAGGAUGGGUAAAUUCUAUGUAGAAGAUGAAAGAUUUUGCCCAUUUGGGGUUGAAAGAUGUAAAUCUUCCAGUAGCAGCAGCUAUAGACCAAGCUCAAGCUCUACAACUGGUCCUGACUCUUUUAUUCACAAACUUAAGGCUUACAGUACAAUCAACAACCCAUUCUAUCCAUCCAGGUCAGAAGGGAGUCCAGAAGAAGUCUUUUUUAGAGCUGAACAAUAUCACAAGCCAACACAGCAAUACGACGAUUCAGCGAUUCCAGAUGCUGAGAUGUUUGUAGUAGAUCAAGAAAGCACUUCAGCAGACCAACUUGAGCAGCACGAGGUGACUGAAAGUGGCUUUGAUGAGGAGAUGGUGGAACUGGAUGAGCCCAAUCCUGAUGGUGACAUCAUGGACAGUCAUCAAAGGGAACUUCUUAUCCAUGUUAUCCCACCAUCACCGUGCAACUCUGAAGAACAUGUCAAUGAAGGGUUACCCAAUAAACUCAAGCUUAACACAUGUGAGCAAGAGGAGGCAGAAGCCCUAACAAAAAGAAGGGGUUCAGUAAUGACGAUAAUCACUGGCGACUGUGAGCAGAGGUGUCUACACGGCAAAUCUUUCGUCUCACCUGAUGAGGAUGUUACACAGGAACAUCAAACAGAUGCUUUGAGCACUGUGAGUGAGUCACCUUUUGGGUCUCUGGGAGCUGCGGAAGAGGUCCAGGACUUGUCUCAAAUUCAGGAGGUCAAAACCUCUGCACAUUUUAGUUUAGAGGAAGACAUGCAGUCAAAUGUAAAGAUAGACACUUCCUUCCAGCAGCCUGGAGAACUCUUAACAGUGAAGUUAGCAAAGGAUGAUCAGAAAAAUGUUGAGGAAAUGGCAAAAGUGCACUCAAACACGGUUUCCAAGCAAACAAAUGAAGCCUCUGAUAACAUAAACACAGCCAUCUGUUGGACACCCAGGAUUUAUAAAAAUGAGUCAUCUGAACAGCAAAGUGCCUCAAAAAAUUCAUUAGAGGUCAAAGAGCGUCUCAGGCCUCCAGCAGACUCAAUUCAUAAAGAUUCAGAGGAAAAUUCAGACCACUGGGCAAAGAGACGGAAGCUGUUCAAAGAGAACAAACAGCGAAGUUCUGCAGGAGGGAGCUCCAUAACUAGCAAUAUCACUGAGGAAUCAGACACAAUGAACUCUGAGGACACUCGUUCAGUGGAGAUGUCAAUGCGAGAUAUUGAGGACAGAGGAUUUUACACCGAGACAUUUCACUCUGCAUCAUGGAUAUACCGUGGAGAUGAUGUUAACCAGAAUGAGAGUCCACACUGUCACAACAGCCGCACGCGACCAGCAGCAAUUUGUGAGCGGACGGUGAAGAUCAGCAAAGGCAUGGGCGAGUAUCCCUGGGGCUUCAGAAUUCAGUUCUCCAAACCCAUUGUGGUCACUGAGGUGGACACAAAUGGAGCAGCAGAGGAGGCGGGGCUUCAGGUUGGAGAUUAUGUGCUGGCAGUAAACGGCACUGAUGUCACCAGUGUACCACACUCAGAAGCAGCUGACCUCGCACGGCAAGGUCCAGACCUUUUAACUCUGACCAUCGGCUCUGAUAUUGGCCGAAUGCCUAACACUCCACGGCCAGCAUGCAGGGGUUACCUGCAUAAGCGAACUCAAUCCAGUUUGCUAAAGGGCUGGAGGAAGAGAUGGUUUGUUCUCAGACACGACUGCUGCCUCUAUUAUUACAGAAACAAACGUGAUGAAGGGAAGAGCCGAGCGCUGUCUGUAGUGAGCUUGGAGGGUGCGUUAGUAGAGGCUGACACCAGUUUGGGAAAGCCAUUUGUGUUCAAAUGCUGUCCUGUCUCUGGAAACCGAGUUUACUACCUCUGUGCUACAUCAAACCAAGAGAUGAAAAGGUGGCUGGAGUCUAUGGGCAGAGCAGUUCAUCCCAUUACUCAGAAUCAUGUUUGGGUGGAUGUAACUCGACACAACUCUAGUCUGCCCCCUCUGGCAGUCAAGAACCCAGAAUGUCUUGGGUUACUCCAUCAGCUGGACAAGAAUAAGGACACCUGGGUGCAGCACUAUUGUGUACUGAAAGAUGGAUGUCUCUAUUUCUAUGUGAGCAUUCGAUCAACCUGUGCUAUAGGAGGAAUCUACCUGCAUGGCUACACAGUGCAGGACCAGCCACUGGGAUCCAAAAGAUCCACUAUUGAGCUCAAACCUCCAUCUGAAGAGUUCAAAAUAUUUUACCUCUGUGCAGAGAAUGCCAACGAGAACAAACGGUGGAUCAGUGCAAUAAAAUCAUCAAUAGGAAAAUGGCUGCCUUUGCAUCAGGCAAUUCAAGACUACAUGAGUCGUCCACCUGAGGAAACUAGAAUGUGAACAAGACUAAUUACAGGUCUUGUCAUAACUGAGCUUUCUCACCAUAGGUUUAAUUCAUGGACAACAACAUUCAAUCCAGAACUGACUGAUUUCUUCAUUAACUCUAAAAGUUGCCAAGUGAAUCUCCAAACAUCUUGCCUGUUUGCAUGAUAACAUGCCCCUAAUGACUUAGAAAGAAUUAGUCAAGUUGUUCCCCGCAAACUGUUUACUCUUUCAAAUGUCUGAUUUUAAAGUAUGUAUAAUUUCUCAAAGCCUUGUUUUAAAUUAGUAGUCAAUUUAACAAUAAAGGUGGUAGGGUACAAUGGGGCAAAAGGCUCUGCAGGGUAAAAGGCCUUCUGUUGUUAUUUCUUUUCACAUAAAUGAUGUUGCUCUAUCAAUAUUCAAUAAAAAUAAAUGUAUGUCUUGAAUCUUGAUACACUUAGUGACCAGAAAAAAAAGCAAAUUUUCCUGAAGGUGUGCCAUCAGCCCCGUUGUACCCUACAUGUUUUUUUGCAUGCAGAGUACAGAUAACGUAAAAGCUAUGGUCUAUUUUUCCUUUUCUAAUGCUGUUUUGCAUUUUAAGUACAAAUUUGCCAUUUCAAGACACUAUCACUUUUGACAAAACGUGUUGUGUAAUUGUAAAUGAAAAACCAUUUUAUACUGAAUAUAAUUUCAUUCUGUUUUUGCUGUCCUGGCCAAUUACAUGGUACAUUUUAGCACACUGUACAUAUUGUAGCCUGCAGUGAAAUAACCUGUGUGUUUUAACUAAUUUAUACAGUUGACUGCAAUAUAAGCUUAUUUAUCCAAAGAAUUGGAAAAGUGAAUACUUUUCUAGCUAUUUUAUUUGAUGAUUUUCUAUAGAUAUGGGGUAAUCUAGAAUUAUUCCCUUAUAAUCUGAUGUAUGUAGUCUUAUAAAUUAAGUGUUUAUGUUACAUGUAAAUAGUCUAUAUGCAUCAAAUCAGUUCAAUAUAGCUUGUCACUCACACAUCACUCCAUCAGUAUACUGUAUGGAGUAUGCAAACAAUAGAAUAUUUGUAAUGCAUCCCACAAACAGUACAUGAUGCACUGGACACACUUAAUUACAGAGGUUUCAUGCAUAUAAUUAGAACUAGAAUGUUAAUUAGCAUGAAACAGGGACACCAAGAAAUGUUGGAAUCCUAGCUCUCAUUUGGCUCUCUGAUACUCCUUUUCCACCAACAAGGUUAUGAGUAAGACUUGUAAACAAAGACUGUGAUGUCUGAUGUUUGUUUGUGGGCAGGUUAUAAGAAAGAAUCACCUUGUAAUAGCAAACAAUUGUUACGUCGCUUGGUUGGGAAGCUGCAUGUUCAAUACAAUAUCAGAACAAAUUGCAAUGAAGCAUUUUUCUUAUGCAGUGUUUACACAUUUUGUAAAGUGGAACAACAUUUCAGAUUGGUGUGACCCCUGGAAAUGGAGUGCUGGUGCCUUGCACCUUAAAUACAUGACAGUAUAAACAACUUCAUCAUUCAUUUAAAAAAAAAAAAAAAAUGUUUUCAAACAUAUAUAUAUUUAUUAUGUAUUUCUGAGUCAAAAAUAUCAAGAAGUUUUCUCAGGGUUUCACCACAUGACCUGAACAAAAUGUGUCCUUUUCACAAAAUAAAUAUCAGAUGUUUUGAGGGUCUAAAUGUUCCCUGCUUUGUUUUAUGAUUUUUGCAAUAAAAUUGCCACUUGCAUGUUGGUUACACCUAUGACUUUGAUUUGGUGGACAAAAGCAUUUUUAAAUACUAAUCAUGUUUUAAAACACAAUGGUUUCACUGCUUAUUAUUGUUAAGAAAU